AUGAAGGCUUAUCUCGCGCUCUCUAUCCUGGCCUGCGCCAUCUCAACUUCAGCUAAGAACAUCCACCGCAGGGCUGACGCUAUCCUUCCUGCUGCUGGUAUUCCCGUCAAAGGUGGAUAUAACGCUUACGGAGGAAAUUAUGAUCAUCCUGAGACGAACAAGUAUCAGCCUGUUGGGCAGAAGCAGGCUUCUAGUUCUAGUACCACCACUACCGGAGGCAAGAAGGCGACGACGCAGACCACAAAAUGCAUUUCGAAGAGCAAGCUUGAGUCUAUAGUCAACAAAUACGUCUCGACUUUCUCCGGUAUUACCGAUGGUGGAGCGCUUGCCAAGACUAUUUUCGAGGAGGAUUGGACUUCAUCAUCCUCCAAGAUAAACAAGUACGCCAAGGUAAACACAUCCUCACCUUUCCAUUGCACUUAUCAAGCUAACAAACUUCAGAACGAUGACUUUCCUCCCAUCUACAAGAACCGUAAGGAGCUCAUCGAAGGCAAUACUGAAAAGACCAAUGACCCCAGCGCCUUCAUCAAAGGACCCAUCGCCUACGGCUGCAACUCCUUCACAUUCUACUGGAAGGGCGACUUCGAGGUCCCCAAGGGAACUCGUCGUGGCCGCGGCAACGGCAUCGAUAUGGUGUUCUUGAACCCCGAGACUGGGAAGGUUAAGAAGGCGUACUCUGAGUACAACACCCUCAACCAGGUCUACAACUGGGGUGCCCAUAUCACCUGGUCCAAGGAUGAAGUCUGCUGUGAUUGCCCUGUGGUGUUCGACCCUAAGUGCAAGUGCAAGAAAUAA